CAGGAGCUUGUGCAGCCUCCAGCCCCAAGGUGCACCCGGCGCCAGCUUGCUGCUGCUGUGCAUGGCUUUAGGGCCGUUGCUCUGGGAAGGGGGCGGCUGAGUGGAGAGACUCUUUCGUUGCAAACAUGCACAUCUAGCAAUGAUGAGUGCUCCAGGCCUGCUGUAAAGCUCUGUGUUUAUUGUUGUCCCCUUCCCUCCCCUGCCCCCUUUGCCCAGGUUGGAGGAGGGUUUAAAGGCAGGUGCGUUGAGGCUGCUCGCCAUGUCCAGAUCCGGGGACAGGACCUCCACCUUCGACCCCAGCCACAGCGACAACCUGCUGCAUGGCCUCAACCUGCUGUGGAGGAAGCAGCUCUUCUGCGACGUGACCCUGACGGCCCAGGGCCAGCAGUUCCACUGCCACAAGGCCGUGCUGGCCUCCUGUUCCCAGUACUUCCGAUCCCUCUUCUCCAGCAGCGGCGGUGGCGGCAACCCCCAACCCCUGGCUCUGGGGCCGGGCGCUCAGGACGGACUGGGCCUGGGGGGACCCCCCAAGGAGCAGCAGCAGGAGGAGCCCGGCACCCCUUCUUCCUCCCCAGAGGACAAGCUGCUGGCCAGCCCCAGAGCCAUCAACAACCUGGUGUUGCAAGGCUGCUCGUCCAUCGGGCUGCGCCUGGUGCUGGAGUACCUGUACACGGCCAACGUGACCCUGUCCCUGGACACGGUGGAGGAGGUGCUGUCGGUCAGCAAGAUCCUGCACAUCCCGCAGGUCACCAAGCUGUGCGUGCAGUUCCUCAACGACCAGAUCUCCGUGCAGAACUACAAGCAGGUGUGCAAGAUCGCCGCCCUGCACGGCCUGGAGGAGACCAAGAAGCUGGCCAACAAGUACCUGGUGGAGGACGUGCUGCUGCUCAACUUCGAGGAGAUGCGCGCCCUGCUCGACUCGCUGCCUCCCCCUGUGGAAUCGGAGCUGGCGCUCUUCCAAAUGUCCGUGCUCUGGCUGGAGCACGACCGGGAGACCCGCAUGCAAUACGCCCCGGACCUCAUGAAGCGCCUCCGCUUCGCCCUCAUUCCGGCCCCGGAGCUGGUGGAGCGGGUCCAGUCGGUGGAUUUCAUGCGCACCGACCCCGUCUGCCAGAAGCUGCUGCUGGACGCCAUGAACUACCACCUGAUGCCCUUCAGGCAGCACUGCAGGCAGAGCCUGGCCAGCAGAAUUCGCUCCAAUAAGAAAAUGCUGUUACUGGUCGGAGGAUUGCCUCCCGGACCUGACCGGCUACCCAGCAAUUUGGUUCAGUAUUAUGAUGAUGAAAAGAAGACAUGGAAAAUACUGACAAUUAUGCCAUAUAAUAGUGCCCAUCACUGUGUUGUGGAAGUAGAAAAUUUCUUGUUCGUUUUGGGAGGAGAAGACCAGUGGAACCCGAAUGGGAAACACAGUACAAACUUUGUCAGUCGAUAUGAUCCCAGGUUUAACAGCUGGAUACAACUUCCACCCAUGCAAGAGAGGAGAGCCAGUUUCUAUGCAUGUCGGCUUGAUAAGAACUUGUAUGUGAUUGGUGGAAGAAAUGAAACUGGCUACUUGUCCAGCGUGGAAUGCUAUAAUUUAGAGACAAAUGAAUGGCGUUAUGUAUCUUCUUUACCGCAACCUCUAGCAGCGCAUGCAGGAGCAGUGCACAACGGCAAGAUAUAUAUUUCGGGGGGCGUUCAUAAUGGAGAAUAUGUCCCCUGGCUGUACUGCUACGAUCCUGUAAUGGACGUCUGGGCCCGAAAACAGGACAUGAACACAAAGCGAGCUAUCCACACUUUGGCUGUAAUGAAUGAUCGACUGUAUGCAAUUGGAGGAAACCAUUUGAAAGGUUUCUCCCAUCUUGAUGUCAUGCUUGUGGAAUGCUAUGAUCCAAAAGGUGACCAGUGGAAUAUUCUUCAGACUCCUAUUUUGGAAGGUCGCAGUGGCCCUGGAUGCGCAGUUCUUGAUGACAGUAUUUACCUUGUCGGAGGCUACAGUUGGAGUAUGGGAGCCUACAAAUCUUCUACUAUUUGCUACAGUCCUGAGAAAGGAACCUGGACAGAACUAGAAGGAGAUGUAGCUGAGCCACUUGCAGGUCCUGCAUGUUCGACUGUCAUACUGCCAGCCUGUGUACCGUACAACAAAUAAUAUUCGAGAAGCACUGAAAUGAACAAUAUUACAUUCUGGAAAGUAAUAACGGGUGACGUAAAUAUUUUAAUAGAACAGAAUUCCUGGCAAAACAAAACUACCAUAAUUGACCCCUUAUUUCAGAUUUAUGCUUUAAAAGCAAACUGGGAACAAAAAGUCUCAUCUCAGAUAGAUGCCGGUGUCUUGUGAAGCAAGUAGCCAGAACACACCGAACAUUACAUGCUGACAGACUGCCAUUUCAGACUGAUUUUAACUUUUUUCCCACUACAGAAAUAUUCUUCACAUGGGUUUUAACUUUUAAAAAUGAAGGCUAAAUGUCCAAAUACAGCCUGAAAAGACAAGAUCAGUUUUGUGCAUUAUAUUCUACCUGCAUGUGAUCUAUGUGAAGUCAUGAGGGUGUUGUGUUCAUGAAUGCUUCAAAACUCAGAUACUGAAAAGCUCACUCUGCAUUGCAGAACUGUCUCCCCCUCUGUAAUCCUAACCUACAGCUACUUCAUAUGCUCUGCAAGCAACACAGCAUCAAAAGAUCAUAAAAGGUAAAGAAAUGUCAUUCCAUUUUUGCACAACUUGGCUUCUCAUACACUCUGCCUUCAAAGUCUCCAUAUGUAAGUGUAGUGAAGAGCAGACUACGAUGAAAGUGAUGCUUUACAGAGCACUUCUUGCAAUAGUGAUUUUAAGGAUUAGGAACAAAUUCUGCUCUUAGUUACACUGGUAUAAAUGCAGAGCCACUCCACUAAAAUCAAUGGAAUGAAUGUUUUUAUAGCUGGUGUGACUGAAAUCUUGGCCUAAACCUCAAAUUCUGGGUUUACAAAGUAAGUUUUUCUCAUAAGCAGUUAAAAGACAACACAGUCCAUUAAUACAGUAAACAUACAAGAAUUCUUCAUUUUCACUAACAUUAGAAGUGAACACACUUGCUAUUUGCUUUCAAAGACAAGAUCACUGAAUUUAUGCAUAAUGGUACCUCUUUGGACUUUUAAAUUAGUAUGCAUAGAAUUGAAGGGACCCUGGUAACUGGCUAAAAUCCUCGUCUCUGAUUUCACAAUUUUAAAGGUUUUCUCUGUUGAUCCAGAAAAAUACAGGGCUGGAUUCUCCACUGCCUUAUACCUUGUUUAGUUAUUUACAUCUGGUAAAGUGAAUGCAAAAUGCUAUCAGAUCAGAACAGUAGCAUAUGACACCCACUUUACACAGUUGUACUUGAUUACAUAGGGUGCAAGGCAGUGGCAAAUCAGGCCCAAUGUGUUUUUAUGCUUAUGUCUUCCUUUUGCAGCAGUAACUGACUUACAAACACUGUGCCUGGUUCUCCACUUCCUCUUGGCUUGCAUAAGGAUUUCGACCUGUACACAAUGCAUAUAAAAUACUUCUUCUUUGAGUGCUUGCUAAUGUCCAUUCCAUGUUAGGUGUGUGUGCUCACCACAUGCACCAGUGCCGGAAGU